UUGCUCGGUGGCGCGGCUCCGUGCGACCUCUCUUUGGUUCCCUUACAUUCUCAUCGACCGCAAGAUACAAGUGACCGAGUGCUUCAACCGAAUAAUGAACAGUCGCAUUGGAAAAUGAGUAAAGAAGUAAAUUGAUGAAUCGUAUCGAAUUACGAUCUCUUUUUUACAUAAGAAGAAUAAGAAGAAAAGAUAAAAAAUGUAUUGGACGAAAUGUAUUUGUGGUGAGAGAGAAACAAUGCAUUUUGUUUUGAUGCUGAUAAAUUAUGAAAUGAGAUGAGGUUAUUCGAUUGUGAGAGGUGAAUUUGAUUUGAUCAUGGCAGCGAAUGAAUUGUCAAGUUUCGUUUUCGUUCUUUCCAUGAAUUAACAAAAGUGCCAGAAGUUUGAAUGAUAAUGGUGAGAAAGAAGUUGUGAGCUUCUGUCGGAAGGAGUGUCGGAAGAAGGCUGGCACAACAUGCGUUUGGAAAUGGUUAGAAGAUUAAAUAAAUAACAAUUCCGGAAAAUUGUGGCGGAUGGUAGAGAAAGAAUUCAAAGUGUGAAAAAAACAAAAACAAAAACAAAUAAAAAGUAGUAAUGCCUUAUUAAUGGUUGGAUUUUUAUGAUGAUCAACUACAAGGAUUUAAUUUGGUCAAUGUCGAAAAUGGCUGACAAAGGAGAUGUAAUAGAUCAUCAGCAUCGUAAGCGACAGACACGUUUACGCAUACUGUUAAAUUUGCACGAUGUUGCUAUUGGGAUUGGUCUUCUCUUCUGUCUCGACAAAAUAUUGCUUUGUAAUGGGCAAAAACCAAUUAAUCUUGGUGGUGUGAAACGACGUGACGUUUACAUAGCUGGUUUCUUUCCAUAUGGUAGACAUGUACCUGAAAGCCAUAUUGGACGUGGUGUUAUGCCGUCUGUGAAGCUGGCUGUGGAUCAUAUCAAUGACAAUCCAACGGUAUUAAGAAAUUAUCGCUUACACAUGUGGUGGAAUGAUACUGAGUGUAAUGCCGCGGUCGGUGUUAAGGCGUUCUUCGAUAUGAUGCACAGUGGACCGCACAAGGUCAUGCUAUUUGGUGCUGCUUGUACACAAGUAACGGAUCCAAUUGCCAAAGCCUCUAAGCACUGGCGCCUCACACAGCUAAGCUAUGCUGACACUCAUCCCAUGUUCACGAAUGAUAAUUUUCCAAAUUUCUUCAGAAUAGUACCAUCAGAAAAUGCAUUUAAUGCGCCAAGAGUGGCACUCCUCAAUCAUUUCAACUGGACGAGAGUUGGCACAAUUUACCAAAAUGAACCGAGAUAUGCACUCGCACACAACCGACUCGUCGCAGAUCUCGAUGACAAUAAACUGGAAGUAGUAGAAACGCAGAGUUUUGCAACUGAAGUGAGUGCAGCCCUUGAAAAACUCAAACGGAAAGAUGUCAGAAUUAUAAUAGGAAACUUUAAUGAAAUAUGGGCAAGAAGGAUUUUUUGCGAGGCUUAUAGAUACAGAAUGUUUGGACGGAAAUAUCAGUGGAUGAUUAUGGGCACAUAUACAGAAAAAUGGUGGUUAAAUGCGGAUGGUGGAUGUGCCCCAUCUGAGCUCGCAGAGGCUCUUCAUGGCGCCAUUUUAACUGACCUACUUCCACUCUCGACUGAACGCCAGAUUACAGUUUCGGGCAUCACACCAGACGAAUAUCAAGUGGAGUAUGAUUCCCGCAGGGGGAAUGAAUACUCACGAUUCCAUGGUUAUACGUAUGAUGGUAUUUGGGCAGUUGCCCUUGCUAUUCAACAUGUAGCUAGGAGAAUACGACACUUUAGGAGAAAUCAGACUGUCGCUGACUUCAAGUAUAGAGAUUCACUUUGGGAGAAGUUGUUUCUCGAUGCAUUGAGAAACACAAGCUUUGAAGGAGUUACGGGUCCUGUUCGUUUUUAUGACAAUGAGAGAAAAGCCUAUAUACUAUUGAAACAGUUUCAGAGUGGUAAGGAGGUUAAAGUUGGCGAGUAUGAUGGUGUCACUGGCUCUUUGGAUUUCAGUAGAGGUCAACCCUUGAUUUGGCGCGGGAGAUCACCCCCCAAGGACCGUACUGUUCAUGUUAUCGAACACUCUACCGUUAACAUCACAAUUUACUCAGUUAUUGCAUCGGCAGCUGCUGUUGGCAUUGUUAUGGCCGCAGUAUUCCUUGCUAUCAAUAUCAGAUAUAGGAAUCAAAGGUAUAUAAAGAUGUCAUCGCCACAUCUGAACAACCUCAUUAUCGUUGGUUGCAUGUUGACAUACAGCAGCGUUAUAUUUCUCGGUCUCGAUUCGACUCUCUCAAGCGUAACAGCAUUUCCCUACAUUUGCACAGCGAGGGCGUGGCUUUUGAUGGCUGGUUUUUCAUUGGCAUUUGGGGCUAUGUUUUCAAAAACGUGGCGUGUACAUUCUAUAUUUACGGAUGUUAAGCUCAAUAAAAAAGUAAUAAAAGACUAUCAACUUUUUAUGGUUGUCGGUGUUUUAUUGGUCAUUGAUUUGGCAAUAAUGACGACAUGGCAAGUUGCCGAUCCUUUUUACAGGGAAACCAAACAAAUGGAACCUUAUCCACAUCCAUCAAGUGAUGAUAUAAUGAUGAUACCGGAGAAUGAGUACUGCCAAAGCAAUAGAAUGACCCUUUAUCUUGGUAGCAUUUACGCUUACAAAGGUCUUCUGAUGAUAUUUGGCGCAUUUUUAGCAUGGGAAACACGACAUGUUAGCAUACCAGCACUCAAUGAUAGUAAAUACGUAGGAAUGAGUGUUUAUAAUGUAGUAAUAAUGUGUGUUACGGGUGCAGCAAUCAGUUUUGUACUUGCUGAUAAACAGGAUACAAUGUUCAUAAUGCUGUCGAUAUUCAUAAUAUUCUGCAGUACAGGAACUCUCUGUCUUGUAUUUGUGCCAAAAUUGAUCGAAUUAAGAAGAAAUCCUCAGGGAGCUAUUGACAAAAGAAUUAGAGCAACUCUGAGACCGUCCUCAAAAACAAGACGAGACUCAAUAGUUAGUGAACUCGAGGAGCGUUUAAAGGAGGCAGCAAAGACUAAUCAGAAAUUUCGCAAAGAACUCUUGGAAAAAGAAUCAGAGCUUCAAAUGUUUAUGAGGCGAUUGGGGGAUGAGACAGGCUUACAAAACACUAAAGAAGCCAUAGAUAAAAUUACAAUUCCACAAAAUCAGGAAACACUUAUUAGAAAAGAGGGUCCUUCGAUGGUAACUGAAACGACCGAUAUUUCAAUGUCAUUAUGCAGCUUAAAUUCCACAACUGUAUCACAACCAGAGGGUGAAUAUGUUAAUGUCAUGGCAAUAGAUGAUCAACGGCCGAUAACAAAAAAGUCAACAUUGUCCGGUAAAUUAUCAGAGGAUAACAAGCAAAUCCCGACAAUUUCCAAUGCAACGAAUUCACCUCUCCCCCAAUAUAAAAAAAUAUAUCAAAAUGAAGAAUAUCAAGAGAAUGAACCACUCAUUCAGGAGAAAUCGGCAAAUGAUGCUUUAUUGAACCUCACUAAUACAGAUAUUGGUAAAGCAAAUAUUGACUUUGUAGGAGAGACCGUUGAAGAGUCUGAAGAAUCUAUUGUACUUGAAGAAAUUGAUAUACCGCGUGAUGAAAGUAGCAUAGUGAUGAAAAAAGUUAAAGAAACAACGAUUGAUAAAAAAAAAAGACUUCCCACCCCUCCCCCACCCUCGAAAAAUGUUUCAUUUGGUGAAUUACAUGAACAAUGUUAUCUUGAACAAGCUAUACUUCCACCGCCCGUUCAGUUUGUACCUAAACACCGACAUCAAAUUCAUCAUCAAACAUUAACAAAGCGCAGAGCAUCAGUGAAAAAUAAUGGUCUCGCUCAUUCACAUCAUCAAUUGUUUGAAAAGCGUCGAACAAGUGUGCCAGUAAAUACAAUAAGUUACAUCUCAACUGACAAUAUUUCAAAGACAGAAGGAACUGAGGAACAACAUAGUUAUGUAAUUGGUGAAUGUGGACAUCGUAGAGUGACAGGUUUUACAAAUAAUACGGGCUAUCGAUGCGAAAAACACGGUGGCAAUGCUACUGCCAAUCGUGGAUAUACAACAUCUAAUGGUUCAACGGAAAUAGUGAAAAAAUAUCGUGAUGGAACUCUCAAUGCAAGUUAUUCUGAUACAGAAAAACAUGAUGAUUCAAUAGCAACAAUUAUUCAUCGCUCAGUUUCCGAAAAAUCCCGGGAAAAAUGCCUCCGUACUCGUGCUAAUUUGGCUCACGUUAUAACAGAAUGCCGUCAUCGUACAUCCUCUCAUAAGCAUCAUGAGUGUCGGCAUACAGAAUCAAAGCUCCGUCAUCAAGCUAGACUUGAAUAUGUACAAAGUACGCCAAAUGUUGCAACAAUACAUAAUAGUAAAUUUGCCAGUGCUAAUCCACGUGGCGGUGGUGGUCAUCAUCGUGGUCAUAGUAGUUGUGGUGGUGGUGAUGGUGGUACUACUACUGCUAGUGCUACUGCUGCUACUGCUGCUGCUGCUGCUGCUACUGCUACCGCUGCUAGUAGAGUGGUUGUUGGGGGUAAUGCAGUGAUGAGAGGUGCCAAUGGAGGUAGUUCAAGUGGUGUGAGUGGUGGAUCGACUAUCGAUAUAUCCAAUAUGUAUAGUGCUGUCUCGGAUGGAGAACUCCUUGACCUUGAAAUACUGCCUAUAUUUCAAAAAUUACUGACAGAACGUCAUAAAACCACUACACGUGGUGGUUAUGGUGCUAAUAUUGCGAGCUGUCCUAAUAUAUCUAUCAAAUGUGACAUCGUUGAAUAUCUCUAACGAUUUCAAUUCAUCUGGAAAUUAAUAGUUACUCAUUAUUUCAACUACAACAAUUAUAAAACCCAAAUAGUACAACAUUCUUUUUAUUUUAUUCCUUGGCGUCGUUUAAUCACGUCAAAAGUGUCAAUUAUGUAAGCCGGAAGGUGUGUGAAAAGAAAACUUUUGAAAGAAUGAGAGUAGAAGCGAACAAAAAAAUGGAUACUACGCAACACGAAUAUACAUACAUCAAUACAUAUAGCAUAUAAGUAAACACUUACUCACUAUACGUGAGUUACUUUCAUUUAUAUUGGGAGCAGGAUAUUUCUCGAGCCUAAUGAAAAAUGUCAGACUUUUUUUUCUCAAUCUUUGGAUAGAAAUUUCACAUAAUGUGUCGUACAAUCUCUAAAAAAUUAUUAUCAUGAAAUAUUGAUAAUAUUAUCUAGGGUAUCUAACGGAUUUCACAGAGAAUUAUGAUGAAAUUUAUUACAUAGUAUUAAUGAAUAACAAAAAUUUAUAUUGGAAACUAUUGAUAUAUUGAAUAUUUGGAUAGAAUUCGCAAGUGUAAUGAAGUGUUGGUUAUAAUCACAUUUUUUAGUUUUUUGUUAUUGCAAAACUGAUAUCCUAUGGAAACAUAAAAUAUCUCUUGUCGGAAAAUUGUUAAGAAUUUAAUAGAUAUUUAUAAGAAAAAAAAAUUGAACAAAAAAAAAACAAAAAAAGAAUCUUUCAAUAUAAUAAAACACUGUUUACCAAAAAAAUUAAAAAAAUUAAAAGAAAAACAAAAUCGCUUAGUGAGAAAUUUGUAUGAAUGUUAGCUGUAUAUUUUUAGCUAAGACAUUCUCAAUAACCAUUGGAAAAUGAUUAAAUUGAUUAGAUAAAUGAAAAAUAAGCCGAUCGAUCAAUCAUUUCUCAAAUAAAUUUUUCAAAUCAACGGGAACAUGUAACUUUCUAUAAGCUCUCUAAACGUGAUGUUAAAAUCUUAAAAAAUCCAUCUUCUAUUUGACUCAAUGAAUAUAGGAUUUUCAAUAUUUCGUAUAGAAAGCCUAUAGUUUUUCACUACUUCACUGAUAAUUUUGCAAACACUCGAAUCGAAGAAAAAAUCUCAUAUAUAAUUUUUUUGUAAAUUUGCAUAAUAUCGUUGGAGAUGUUUGUAGGUCUGUAAGCCUUGUUCAUUCAUUUUUUCUACUUCAGAAAAAUUAUAUUAAAAAGCAAAAAAAAAA